AUGGACACGUUCCUACGAUGGGCAGCAGAGCUUGGCGUUUCAGAUUCAAUUGAUUCUUCUAGAUCUCACGAUUCGUGCCUCGACCAUUCCCUUUCCAUCGCUGACUUCCCUCUCGCCGGCGGGAGGGGUUCGGGUGCUGUUCGUGAGCUCAGGAAAGGAGAAUUGGUUUUGAAAGUCCCGAGAAACGCUUUGAUGACUACAGAAUCCGUGGUCGCUAAAGAUGAGAAAUUGAGGAAUGGGGUUAAUGAGAAUGAGAUGGAUUCUGGGCGGAAGCUGAUUUAA